UUGGACAGAAAUUGGCAGUUGACAUUGCUCUAUCGCAGAGUUCGAUUGAUAAAUAAACAAACUUUUGUAAAGUUUUAAGUGCAUAUUUUUACUUUCAAAAUGUUUAAAACACUUUUAAACCGAACCAAUUCUUUAUUACGAAAUAUUGAAAGUGUUCGUAACUUAGCAAGACUUUCCCAUACAUAUUAUUGCCAGCCCCUGUUAUCAAAUAGCUAUGCACAUCAAAAAACUUUAACGUACGAGCUUCUACAACACUCUAAAUAUUCUGAAAGAUACUUUACAACAACAUCUGCAAAUUUUUCCGAAUCAGAACCUGUGGAAGAGUCUGAUGAUAAGAAGCCUGCAAUUGAUCCAGCGAAGGACAGAACAAAAAAAAUUUCGCCAGAGACUAGUAUUCGAUAUUUAAAAAGUUCUGCCUACAAAGAAACAUACGGAGAUGAGCCUGUUUGGGUUAAGUAUCGUCGAAAUUUCAAAGGCCCAUUUACUCCCAGAAAAACGCGUAAAACUUGUAUAAGGGGCGGUGUUUUAGCAACUGGCAACCCAUGCCCCAUAUGUAGAGAUGAAUAUCUUGUUCUUGAUUACACCAACGUCGAUCUUUUGAAACAAUUUAUCCACCCACAAACUGGUGAGAUAAUAGAUUCUCGUAAAACUCAUAUUUGCCAAAAAAGACUUUUGCAGUUAGAAGUGGCUGUGGUGAAAGCUAAGUUCUAUGGUCUUUUGACUCAUGAAGUUCCAUUUAGAGAAUAUGAUUAUAAAGAAUAUUAUCCUAAUUGGAAGGAAUAAGGAAUUGCAAUGUAGAGAAUCUACUGCACAGUUUGCAAUAAAAAUGUUGUUUCUUAAUAAAAAGAUAAAUACUGUA